AUGUCAAGAAAGAGCGAGCUACAACAUCUAAUAAAGAAUAAUAGAAAAUACUAUAACGGAUCAGUCAUGAGUGGAAUACCCGUUAAGCUUCUAAAUGAAGCACAAGGUCAUAUCGUAUCGCUUGAGCUGACCACGGGGGAGACGUAUAGAGGAAAGCUAGUGGAAAGCGAAGAUAACAUGAAUGUGCAGCUUAGAGAUGUCACAGUGACCGGUACCGAUAGCAAAGUAACGGGAAUGGAUCAUGUGUUCGUUAGAGGCUCCCACAUACGAUUUUUUGUUGUACCAGACAUGUUGAAGAAUGCACCGAUGUUUAAGACAGGACCACAGUACAGACCAUCACCUCCCAUUCGAGGUCCAAGAAAAAGAUGA